CACCCCAUCCUGGAGGGCCCCAGUCAGCAGGCCAACACCACCCAUCCUGGAGGGCCCCAGGUCAGCAGGUCAAAGUCACCUUCCUGGAGGUGCCUCAGGGCCACUCUGGCACCAGUGUUGGAUCAGCAGAGCCACGGGGGAGGUGGAAAGCGUUGGUGGCUCCAGUAGCAAUGACUCACUGUGAAGGGCUGUUGGGUGGCUGUGGUCCUUGGCCUGGUGACUGGGGGAAAUAAACACUGGGGAUCAAGGGAGGAGUGACGGCCAAAUUGAGAGAUGGAGCCUGCCACUCGAACACAGCAGCCAUGGCCCCCACUCCAGCUCAGGUGGCCGGGCCCCUCUCAGGUAGGCUGGACACACGUUCUCUCCUGCACCUAUGACACACCCACAAGCCCCUUCUCGCAGGACGCGGCCUGAGACCCUGGCUAUGGAGGCUGGGCCAAUGGUUCCAUGAGGGGGACCCCAGGCAGGGCAAGACCCCAAGGACCCUGUCCCAGCACCCCGAGUGCCCAGACCCAGAGGACACGCCUGUGGAUGCUGGGCUGUGCCAGGGUACAGGACCUGCCCGUCUAAGAACGCGGAGACGGGGAGGGCGGGGCCAAGGUGGCCCCCACAGCGGUGGAAAGGCCUAUUCUCUAGACAUGGGCUGGUCCCAGGACUAAAGUGGGGAGGGGCGGCACCUCUGCAGAGGGUCCCUGCUUUGCCCUGACCUCCUCUAAGAGAGAGGGUUGGGACCCAUCCUGCAGGGCUGUGUGGCUGGGGUGGCGCUCAGGCAGGACCGCCUGGCAUCCGGGUUCAAACGGAGGCUCCCCGCUGGGGCUGAUCUGCAGCCCCUCGGCUUGGCCAGCUUCUCCUGGCUACCAGGUGCCCAGAUAGGACCGGGGCCUCCUGAGCACCUCCAGACUGGGGAGAACCAGGAACCAGGGCACCCCCAGAGGUGAUCCGGCCUUUGAGCCCCAGGUCUCCAGGGGGCCUCCGGCAAGGGGCCAGGGGCAAGGGCUGCUCUGAGUAGACUGUGGUGACCAGCCUGGGCGUGAGGAAGGGAGUGUGCAGAGCCGGCCCUGGGGCCAGGAGGCCGUGCUGAGAGUGGGGACGCAGCCUUUCUCAUCCUCUGAGGUUCUUCAGCUUGGGGACCAGAGGCUCCAUGACCUUCCAAAAGGGUCUGCUGUUGUCAGGGUGUGGAAAGUCUCCACAGGACUCUGGCUACCCAAGGUGGUCGCACUCUGGGGGGGAGUCCAGCCAGACUGGAUAGAUCCUGGCCCUUCCCAGCUCCCCACUAGGCUGACCUGGACCUGGUCCCACUUAGGCCAGCAGGCCAGGUGGCCGCAAGGCUGACUGCAGCUCCUGACUCUGGGCUGGUUUCUGCCUGGGGCAGGGGGCUUCAGAGACAGCCAGGGAGCUGAGUUGGGGCCCCUCCCGAGCGUCAGGGAGGUGGGGGUGGGGUCUGAACCCACCCAGUCUGCAGCUGGAGGUGGCCCUCCUCCCAGCGCAUGGCCCUCAAGGGCCAUCUGAAUGUGUACCGGAAGCUCCAACUCCACCAGCGUGGGCAUUCUGGUAAAGGGUAGCCUUGAGGGACUGUCUGCUCAGGAUCCUGGCUAUGUGACCUGGCCCUCGCAGAGGCCAAGGGCUCCUGGGAUUCUGAAAUGGAAGCUGGUCACCAGUGGGGCCUGGAGAAGGGAAAGCCUGGGUCCCCACUGGGCCUCUGUGCUCAGAGACCCCCCAUCAACAAGCAGAGCUGAGUCCCUGGUCCAUGCUUUGAAGCCAUGAAAGACCGCCACAGGCCUGUUUUGAAGCCCUCUGGCCCAGGAGGGCCUCCUGACAGUCCCCAGCGGGCAGGCGGAACCCACCACCCUGUCAGAGACUGAAGGGAAAGGACACCAGGGAGGUGGCUGCAAAGCCCUCACCAGCAGCUGGGGACAGAAAACCCUGGCCAGCAUCUUUGGCACAGGCAGGAGGAAAGGGCAGAGGUCCUGGCUUUCCUGCCCAACAACUCAGUGGACUGAAGGGUCAAGAGAUGGGAGCGAGGAAAGAGAGGGACUUGGGAGGCCAGGGCCAGAGGAGCCAGAGGCCCUGGGCAGCCAUGCCCCUCAGCAAGGGACCCAGUAGCCCGGGCUGCAUCGGCCCCUCCCCCACCCCAGACCCCCUGGAACUCCCCACCUCGGAACUGCUUCAGGGGCCACCCUGCAUCACAAAGGACCCCAGGAAGUUGCUCAGUGUGACCUCCCAGCGUGGCCCCACCUGACCUGCCUUCCUCCACCUGAGCCCACCUGCUUGGCCUGACUCACCCCAGCCCUGGGUGUCCCUGUGCCACUCCGAGUAGAAAGAACUUUGCUGAUGGGGAAGUCGGAAAGCCCAAUGGGGAUGGAGAGAGCCAGCCCACCCGCGCAGAAGCGCAGAGGCUUCCUAGAGUGGGCGCUGCUGCUGCUGGUGACAGCAGCCCUGGUGGUCCUGGGCAUCCUCUACAGCAGAGGGAAGCAGCUGCCCCCCUUGACUAGCCGGCUGUACUUCUCCCAGGAAGAGACGACCACCGUAAAACGAAAACCCCGAGCCAUCAAAGAGUCCUCGCCUGUGGACGUCUGCACCACCUCGGGCUGCGUGAUGGCAGCUGCUAGGAUCCUGCGGAACAUGGACCCGACCAAGGAGCCCUGUGAAGACUUCUACCAGUACGCCUGCGGAGGCUGGCUGCGGCGUCACGUGAUCCCCGAGACCAGCUCGCGGUACAGCGUCUUCGACAUCCUGCGCGAUGAGCUGGAGGUCAUCCUCAAAGGUGUGUUGGAGAAGUCCACUGACAAGGACCGGCCCGCAGUGGAGAAGGCCAAGAUGCUGUACCGCUCCUGCAUGAACGAGAGCGUGAUAGAGAAGCGAGACUCUCGGCCCCUGUUGGACGUCCUAGAGACCGUGGGAGGGUGGCCAGUGCUCAUGGACAAAUGGAAUGAGACCAAAGGCCCCCAGUGGAAGCUGGAGCAGCAGCUGGCCCUGAUGAACGCUCAGUUCAACAGGCGCGUCCUCAUCGACCUCUUCAUCUGGAAUGACGACCAGAACUCAUGCCCUCUGUGUUUCCAGAUAGACCAGCCCACCUUGGGCAUGCCCUCCCGGGAGUACUACUUCAGCGAGGGUGACAGCAAGAAGGUGCGGGAAGCCUACCUGCAGUUCAUGAUAUCGGUGGCCACCAUGCUGCGGAAGGACAUGAAGCUCCCCAAGGACAACAAGCUAGUACGGAAGGACAUGACGCAGGUGCUGGAGCUGGAGACGCACCUGGCCAACGCCACAGUGCCCCAGGAGGAGAGGCACGACGUCACGGCCCUGUACCACAGGAUGAACCUGAAAGACCUCCAGCACAAGUUUUCCCUGAAGGGAUUCAACUGGACUCUGUUCAUACAAUCUGUGCUGUCCUCGGUCAAGAUCACGCUGCUGCCCGAUGAGGAGGUGGUGGUCUAUGGCAUUCCUUACCUGCAGAACCUUGAAGAGAUCAUCCACAUGUACCCUCCCAGGACCAUGCAAAACUACCUGGUCUGGCGCCUGGUGCUGGAUCGCAUCAGCACCCUGAGCCAGCGAUUCAAGGACGCCCGCGGGAACUAUCGCAAGGCGCUGUACGGCACCACGGUGGAGGAGGUGCGCUGGCAGGAGUGCGUGGGCUACGUGAACAGCAACAUGGAGAGCGCCGUGGGCUCCCUCUACGUCAAGAAGGCCUUCUCCAAGGACAGCAAGAACAUGGUCAAAGAACUCAUCAACAAGGUGCGGGCUGUGUUUGUGGAGACCCUGGAUGAGCUGAACUGGAUGGACGAGGAGUCUAAGAAGAAGGCCCGGGAGAAGGCCAUGGGCAUCCGGGAGCAGAUCGGCUACCCAGACUACAUCCUGGAGGAGAACAAGCACUUGGACGAGGAGUACUCCAGCCUGAACUUCUCAGAGGACCUGUACUUUGAGAAUGGGUUGCAGAACCUCAAGGCCAAUGCCCACAGGAGCCUCAAGAAGCUUCGGGAAAAGGUGGACCAGAAUCUCUGGAUCAUUGGGGCUGCCGUGGUCAACGCAUUCUACUCUCCAAACCGAAACCAGAUUGUUUUCCCCGCUGGGAUCCUCCAGCCACCCUUCUUCAGCAAGGAACAGCCGCAGGCCUUGAACUUCGGGGGCAUCGGGAUGGUGAUUGGGCACGAGAUCACACAUGGCUUUGAUGACAACGGCCGAAACUUCGACAAGAACGGCAACAUGCUGGACUGGUGGAGCAACUUCUCGGCCUGGCACUUCCGGAAGCAGUCGGAGUGCAUGAUCUACCAGUACAGCAACUACACCUGGGACCUGGCCGACAAGCAGAACGUGAACGGAUACAGCACCCUGGGGGAGAACAUCGCGGACAAUGGAGGAGUGAGGCAGGCGUACAAGGCUUACUUAAAGUGGACCAAGGAGGGCGGCAAGGACCAGCAGCUGCCAGGACUGAAGCUGACCUGCGAUCAGCUCUUCUUCAUCAACUACGCCCAGGUGUGGUGCGGGUCCUACCGGCCUGAGUUUGCCAUCCAGUCCAUCAAGACUGACGUCCACAGUCCCCUGAAGUACAGGGUGCUGGGCUCAUUGCAGAACCUGGCUGCCUUCGCUGACACCUUCCACUGCACCCAGGGGUCCCGCAUGCACCCCAAGAAGCGAUGCCGCGUCUGGUAGCCAAGGCUGAACCACACUGUGCGGUCCACACCCACCCGCUGCCCAGAGGCACCUGCAGCACAACAGUGCAGCCAGCAGGGACCUGGUAGGCACCCCGCCAGGUGGCCAUGGUGCCGGCCCGACCUCCGUGCCACCCUGGAACACAGCCACCACCUGACACCGGUCACUUGACACCUCCGCAUCCACCUUCGGGGGUCAGAGCCCCAUGCAGCCCCGUAGACACCGUCCACCAUCUUCCACCCGCUCUGAAAGCUCGCUGCUGCCAGACGUCUGUGAGCUUCAGACGCGAGCCGAGUAAACGCUUGAAAGAAG